AUGGACAGCUCUCUCUCCCACCAGGGUUCCCUCCCGUUUCUCCCGUCGCGCCGCAAUUCCGUCAGGCGAAGCGGCGGCGGCGUUUGUGUUCUUCUCCCCUCGCGGCGUAAGCUCCGGUACGACUCCAUGGUGGUUGUUGCGGCUGCGGGACCUGGCGCGAGCCUCGACGCGCCUCUCGCGCCGCGCUCGGCUCACGGCAGGUUUCUGAGCUGCGUCUUGAUGAAAAAGCGGCCGCUCUUUCAUUUCGCCGUCGCUGAUUUGCUCAAGCAGCUCGCCGAAGACAAGGAGGCGGCUUUAUCUCGCAUGUUCCUCAGUUCUGGAUCCGAUGAAGCUUCUCUCCACAGAAGGAUAGCUCAACUCAAGGAGAGCAAUUGCCAGACUGCAAUCGAAGACAUAAUGUACAUGUUGAUCUUGUACAAAUUCUCAGAGAUAAGAGUGCCUCUUGUUCCAAAGCUCCCCAGCUGCAUCUACAAUGGGAGACUCGAGAUCUGGCCUUCAAAAGACUGGGAACUCGAAUCGAUUCAUAGCUACGACGUCCUCGAGCUCAUCAAAGAACACAGCAACGCAGUCAUCAGUUUAAGAGUGAAUUCAACUCUGACUGAUAAUUUGGAAACAACCGAGAUUGACAAGGAGCAUCUCAGCAACGUAUACACAGCUUCGAUCUUGUAUGGAUACUUUUUGAAAUCCGCUACCCUCAGGCACCAACUCGAAUGCUCACUAUCGGAACAACAUGGAAGCAUCACCAAGCAACUGAGGCAUUACAUCUCCGGGUUCGAUCCCAAGAUAUUGCGGAGAUGCGCGAAGCCAAGGUCACGUGAAGCCAAGAACCUGAUAGAGAAGCAGAGCCUAGCACUAUUCGGUCCCAGGGAAAGCGAAGAGAGCAUCGUGACAUCGUUUUCUAGCCUCAAGAGGCUGCUUCUUGAAGCUGUGGCGUUUGGUACGUUUCUGUGGGACACAGAGGAGUAUGUAGAUGGCGCGUUUAAGCUCAAGGAGAAUGAGAAUGCAGAAGAAGAAGAAAAUAGCAGUGUCUGA